AAACUUCUAUCUUUACACAACAAAUACUACAUUUAUAUAAACCUUAAUAUGUCCAAAAACACAUCAAAAAACAUGUUCAGACUAUAAACUGAACAUCGGCUGUAAUGAAAGCUCAGAGCCAAGAACAGAUAUGGAUUUAUAAUAGCAUAAAGGGGCUAACUUUAGCCACUUCCUGGGUAGUUUUGUAACAGUGAAAUGAAACUUAUGCAAGUUUAAAAUGCAGCUUCUUGAAGAACAAAGAUCAGCUGCAUGUUGAGGAGCGGCAUGAGAGGUCAGAUGGCUCAGGUGCGGCGGUCGGUGAGUGAUGCAUUGUGGGGGAUGUGUGCAGCGGACUCCAUGUCCAUGCCGGUCCACUGGUACUACGACGUCGAGGACAUCAGGAGGGACUUCGGCGGCUGGAUAUCUGGAUUCAACUCGCCCAGAGACCGACACCCGUCCAGCAUCCUCAGCCUCUCCAACACCGCCGGUAGCGGUCGGACCGCCUGGUCGUCCGGCGCCAAGCGACCUGACGUGGUCGGUAACGUGAUCCUCCACGACAAACUGAACCUGUGGAAGUCCUCCAAAGGCUCCGUCCACUACCAUCAAGGUCUUCAGGCGGGGGACAACACCCUGAACGUCCUCUGUUCCCUCCGAGCCGCCCGCUCGCUCGCCGACGGACGUUUCGCCGACGUCUCUCAGCCGGACGCCCGAGCCGCCGUCCUGGCGGACUACGUCCUCUUCCUGACCACGCCCGGCUCGCAUCGCGACACCUACGCCGAGUCCUGCCACCGCUCCUUCUUCUCCAGCUGGCAGGACGGCAGACCGACCUCGCCCCGUCAGGUUUUGGCGUUUGCAGAAAAGCGCUCUACGCACAAGCUGAGCUCGUCGUUCCCCGACAGCCAGCUGGACGCCAUCGGCUGCCUUCCCAUGAUCCUCCCCUUCGUGCUGCUGUCCGCCUCGGCCGAGGAGGACCAAGCGGUCUCAGCCGCCGUAGAGUUCGUGAAGCUCACCCACCCCCACCCGAAGGUGCCCGAGUACGUGUCCAUCUACAGCCGGGCGCUGCACGCCGUGCUGGGAGGAGCCAGCGUCCGGCAGCAGGCCGAGGACGCCCUGAGGAGGCUGGACGCCUGGGAGGCCUGCCAGAGCUACAGCCGCAAGGCCGCCAGGUUUCCGGCGUCCUCUAACGAGCGUCUGAAGGUCCAUCAGAGCGCCGUGAACUACUUCGGUCUGGCCUGCUACACUAAAGGAGCUCUCAGCAGUCUGUUUUAUCUGGCUCACCAGUUCCAUGACGACCCGACAGGAGGAAUCCUGACCAACACCAACUGUGGAGGUGAGAACUGUAACCGCGGGUCGGCGCUCGGCGCCCUGCUGGGGGCCGGCGUGUCGUACGGCGGCGGCGGCGGCGUCCCUCAGGCGUGGAGGGAGGAGCUGAGAGACGCUCAGGAGUUCAUCCCCGACAUCCUGAAGGAGACGCAGUGAGAACAGCGGAGGGGAACUACAGCACUGAAUUACAAAAUAAAAGUUUGACUUCCUGUUUACAAAACGCACAAAUUUAUUCCACUUAUUCUAUUUUAUGUGAUGAUUGUUUUUGUGUUUCUGACUUUUUGAAUGUAAUAAAAUAAACAAUAAAAUGUAAAGUAACAGCUGGAAAAUAAUACAUGUGACGGGCUUCUGCUGAGAUAUUAUUAUUAUUAUCAUUAUUAAAGAUAUUAAUAAUAAUAAUAUUUAAAAACUGAUCAACACUAAGACAUCUAUAAUAAUAAUAAUAACAAUAAUAAUAAUAAUAACCUCCUUGAAGCUCCAUCAGUUCUUCUGUGACCAAAUCAAUGAAAUGUGAAUUAUCUGAA